AAUCCAGUGGAGAAGUAACAGCAGGCGGCUCUUUCUGUAACAGAAUUAGAAACAUUAAGUAUAAAUAGGAUCACGGGAAAGCAAGCAAGAAACACAAGAAGCAAACAACUUUUGAGAGAUAAAUCACAUUGUUCUGUUCCAGCUUAAGACAUCAACAUGGCAAAAAUGAUCCUGAACUAUGUGCCCGUCUACACAAUGUUACCAUUGGGAGUUGUUACAGCUGACAACAACUUUGAGAACCAGGAUGACAUCAAGAGACAAUUAUACAAGCUUAGGGAAGCCGAAGUUGAUGGAGUCAUGGUCGAUGUCUGGUGGGGAAUAAUAGAAUCAAAAGGACCUAAGCAAUAUGAUUGGAAUGCUUACAAAAGCUUGUUUCAAGUUGUUAAGGAUUGUGGCCUGAAAAUACAAGCAAUAAUGUCGUUCCACCAAUGUGGAGGGAAUGUAGGUGAUGGUGUUUACAUCCCACUCCCUCAAUGGGUACUUCAAGUCGGAGAUUCAAACCCUGAUAUCUUCUAUACUAAUAGAAGGGGUACCCGAAACAAAGAGUACCUUACGCUUGGUAUUGAUAAUGAACCCAUCAUUGGAGGCCGAACUCCCAUUCAGAUCUAUAGUGAUUACAUGAAGAGUUUCAGAGAGAAUAUGUCAGAUUUCCUAAACGCUGGUGUCAUUGUUGACAUUGAAGUAGGCCUUGGGCCAGCAGGAGAAAUGCGAUAUCCUUCUUAUCCACAAAAUCAAGGAUGGAGCUACCCAGGAAUAGGGGAGUUUCAGUGCUAUGACAAAUAUCUGACGGAAGAUUUCAAAAAGGCAGCAGUUGAUGCUGGCCAUCCCGAGUGGAAUUUGCCAGAUAAUGCAGGACAAUAUAAUGACAGACCAGAAUCAACAGAAUUUUUUAGAAACAAUGGAGCAUACCUCAGUGAUCAUGGAAAAUUCUUCUUAACCUGGUAUUCGAACAAAUUACUGAUCCAUGGUGACCAGAUCCUGGAAGAAGCAACAAAAGCGUUCUGUGGCUGCAAAGUUAAAAUAGCAGCUAAAGUAAGUAUAGUGAUCUAUGGGAGCAUCAGUGAUUGUGGAAGUUUUAUUGUGCAGAUGACUAACGUUUUCCUUCCCCUCAAUAAUGAGCAGGUUUCAGGAUUACAUUGGUGGUACAAGGAUAGCAGUCAUGCUGCUGAGCUGACUGCUGGAUACUACAACUUGAGAGACAGAGAUGGGUAUCGACCAAUAGCAAGGAUGCUUUCUCGACACUAUGGGGUUUUAGAUUUUACAUGUCUUGAGAUGAGAGACUAUGAGCAGCCUGGUUAUGCUGAUAGUGCUCCACAAGAGCUUGUGCAACAGGUCUUAAGUGGAAGCUGGAGAGAAAAUAUUGAGGUUGCAGGUGAAAAUGCACUACCCAGAUAUGAUCCCAACGCUUACAAUCAGAUGCUGCUGAAUGCUAGGCCAAACGGAGUUAAUAGAGAUGGUCCACCAAAACUUAAGAUGUACGGCUUGACAUAUCUUCGUUUGUGCAAUCAGCUGCUAGAUGGGUGGAACUUUAAUGUAUUCAAGACAUUUGUGAAGAAAAUGCAUGCUGAUCAAGAGUAUUGUCCAAAUCCUGAAAAUUAUGGAAGGCAAGUCAUUCCAUUAGAGCAGUCAAAGCCAAAGAUUCCACUCGACGUUCUUCUAGAAGCAACCAAACCAAUGGAACCACUACCCUUUAACAAUGAAACAGAUAUGAAAGUAAUUGUAUAA